GUGCUAUGUUAAAAUAGAAUUAUUGACAAUAAGAAACAAUAGUUUUGCAUUGAUGUCUGUAAAUUUGAAGGAACAAACACUUCUUCAGAUUUUUAUAAACUAGUUUAAGAAAGUAAAGCCUAUUUUGUUGGGCCCCCAGUGUGAUAGAAUGCUCUCUGGGUUUGUAGUGUAGCUUGAUCUUAAAGCUGCUGAGUUUGCACGAGGGUCCACUUUUGGUUUAAUUUUGGUACAGAGUGAGUAUCCUUCAGGACUUUGCAGGGCAGACCCAAAGGCUGGUUUCUGUAGUCAGGUCUGCAUAUAGUGGGCUUUAUAUCAGGAUGUGGAUGAGGAUGGGUUUUACUGAGUACAAGAGAGGAUUUUUUCAGGUCACUUUGGGUUUUUACAUAGGCAGAACUGGCCAUCAGCUGUGGCUCAGGAAGCUGGAACUGCAUCAUGGAACUGCUUCAGAGAGCACAGUAAAGGCCAAGGUCUGCAGGGCUGCUAAAUGGCUGUAAAGAAGAGUCUUUUUCCAGGCCUCUGGAAGGGCAGGACCUCCCUGAGACUGUGGCUGGAAAGAGUUUGGGAUGGUUACAGAGUAUAUUUCCUCAUUUUGCUCAACACCUUUGGCCAGAGCAGGGCAUGGAAGAUUCUCUUCAAAAAGUAAUACUUAGAAGAGAUGAAAAAUGUGGACAUGAGAAUUUACAGUUUGGAAAAAGCUGUACAAAUGUGAAUGAGUAUAAGACCCACAAAGAAGGUUAUAAUGGACUUAACCAGUAUUUCACAACUUCCCGGAAGAAAGUAUUUCAGUGUGGUAAAUAUUUGAAAGUUUUUAAUAAAUUUUUAAAUUCAAACAGACAUCAGGUAAGACCUACUGGAAAGAAACCUUUCAGAUGCAAAACAUGUGUCAAAUCAUUUUGCAUGCUUUCACACAAAACCCUGCAUAAAAGCAUUUAUACAACAAAGAAGUCCCACAAGUGUAAAGAAUGUGGAAAAACCUUUAAUUGGUCCUUAACCCUUACUAAUCUUAAGAAAAUUUAUACUGAAGAGAAACCCUACAAAUGUGAAGAAUGUGGCAAAUCUUUUAAGCAACUCUCAGUGCUUACUGCACAUAAAAUAAUUCAUGGUGGAGAGAAACGCUACAAAUGUAAGGAAUGUGGCAAAGAUUUUAAUUGGUCUUCAACGCUUACUGUACAUAAGAGAAUUCAUACUGGAGAGAAACCUUAUAAGUGUGAAGAAUGUGGCAAAGCAUUUAUAUUGUCCUCAGCCCUUACUGUACAUAAAAGAAUUCAUACUAGAGAGAAACCCUACAAAUGUGAAGAAUGUGGCAAAGCCUUUAUAUGUUCCUCAACCCUAAGUAGACAUAAGAGGAUGCACACUGGAGAGAAACCCUACAAGUGUGAAGAAUGUGGCAAAGCCUUUCGUUUAUGCUCACAUCUUAUUAAACAUAAGAUAAUUCAUACCGGACAGAAACCUUACAAGUGUGAAGAAUGUGGCAAAGCUUUUAUAUGGUCCUCAACCCUCAUUGAACAUAAGAGAAUUCAUACUGGUGAGAAACCCUACAAAUGUGAAGAAUGUGGCAAAGCAUUUAUAUGUUGCGCAACCCUAACUAUACAUAAGAGAAUGCACACUGGAGAAAAACCAUACAAAUGUGAAGAAUGUGGCAAAGCUUUUCAUCGAUGCUCAAAUCUUACUAAACAUAAGAUAAUUCAUACCGGAGAGAAACCUUACAAGUGUGAAGAAUGUGGCAAAGCUUUUAUAUGGUCCUCAACACUUACUAAACAUAAGAGAAUUCAUACUAGAGAGAAACCCUACAAAUGCGAAGAAUGUGGCAAAGCAUUUAUGUUAUCCUCAACCCUAACUAAUCAUAAAAAGAUGCACACUUUAGAGAAACCUUACAAAUGUGAAGAAUGUGGGAAAGCAUUUAUAUGGUCCUCAACCCUAAUGAGACAUAAGAGGGUGCACACUGGAGAGAAACCAUACACAUGUGAAAAAUGUGGCAAAGCUUUUAAAUGGGUCUCAACUCUUACUACACAUAAGAUAAUUCAUACUGGAGAGAAACCCUACAAAUGUGAAGAAUGUGGAAAAGCUUUUAGCCAAUUCUCAAACCUUACUGAACAUAAGAUAAUUCAUACUGAAGAGAAACCUUACAAGUGUGAAGAAUGUGGCAAAGCUUUUAAUCGGUCCUCAAAUCUUACUAGACAUAAAAUAAUUCAUACUGGAGAGAAACCUUACAAGUGUGAAGAAUGUGGCAAAGCAUUUAACUGCUUCUCAACCCUUACUAAACAUAAGAGAAUUCAUACUAGAGGGAAACCCUACAAGUGUGAAGAAUGUGGUGAAGCAUUUAGCCAAUCCUCAACCCUUACUACACAUAAGAGGAUGCACACUGGAGAGAAACCCUACAAAUGUGAAGAAUGUGGCAAAGCUUUUAAUCGAUCCUCAAAUCUUACUACACAUAAGAUAAUUCAUACUGGAGAGAAACCCUACAAAUGUGAAGAAUGUGGCAAAGCCUUUUCCUGGUCCUCAGCCCUAACUAAACAUAAGAAAAUUCAUACUGGAAAGCAGCCCUACAAAUGGGAAAAAUUUGGCAAAGCCUUUAACCAGUCCUCAUGUCUUACUACAGAUAAGAUAACUCAUAUUGGAGAGAAAUCUUACAAGUGUGAAUAACAUGGCAAAGCCUAUAAAAAGUCCUUCAUUAUUAAUGGACAUAAGAUUGUUCAUACUGGAGAGGAAUGCUAUAAACCUGAAAGAUGUGCCAAUGCUUUUGACAAGAACUCAAACUUUUCUAAAUGUAAAGCAAAUCAUGCUGGUGAGAAAUCCUAGAAAUAUGAAGAACAUGACAAAGCCUUUAAAUGAUUUUCACACUUGAUUGUAGCUAAGGGAAUUCACACUGGAGGAAACUACUAGUGUGAACAGUGUGGCCAAGCUUCGAACCAAUGCUCACACCUUAUUACACAGGAAAGAAUUUAUACUUGAGAACAAAUGUACAGAUAUAGACAAAGUAAAAAAGCCAUUAAUACCUGCUUACAUCUGACUCAAAAUCAGAGAGUUCAUGCUAAAUAAAAGUAUUAAAUGUGUAAUUAGUAUCAAAAGAUCUGUCAGAAAAUCUGUCUUGAAAGUGCAAAGGAGUAUUUUGAAAAAGCAUUACAAAUAUGAAGAGGGUUGUAAUACCUUUACUUGUGUCACAGAUCUUAUUGUAUACAUUUUAUACUAGAGGAAAACCCUGAGACAGUUGUUAAAAUUUUGCCCAACAUCACAGAGUUAUAUUGAAGAAAACUCUGCAGAUACAUUUGGGAAAACAGUUUUUCAAAAACUACAAAUUAUAAAAACACUAAAGAGUUUAUAAUAAAACAUAUAUUUCCAGAUGCAGUCAAUAUAAAAGAUAUUCAACCCAAAAUUCCAUUUAUGUAAAUAUCAGGGAAUAAUUUACAGUUGAACUAUCUAGGGCACUCAAACUUCAGACAUUGCACUAAAUCAGAGUGCUGAGUAUAGAAAAUAAUACAAACUAAAAUUUGUGUAAACAUUAUUUCUAUAUAAUUUUUAAAGAAGUAGAAUAAUGUUUGGAGAGUCAUAAUUCAAAGUAUCCUUUUUUGAAAAUACAGGAUUUUUAAAAAGUGAAUAAUAAUGAAGUUAAACUCAAUUACUUCAUCCUGUUUAAUCAUUCCUCAUGUAUUCACAUGGAAAGCAUGUGACUGACUGUUGCUGCAUAAAAAUACGAGAGAUUCUUUUUUUUAUGAGGCAUUAUUCAUUAUCUUUUCUAUGGAAAGGUAAGGACAUUGAAAUGUAAGAUGCAUGAUGAAAAUUUAAAUAGGCUCUUUGUGGUUAACUUAUAAUAUUGAGUGAUGCAUGAGGUUGGUGUUCAGAGUAAUAUUCUUCUGCAUUAUUUUGAAAAAUUUCGUUAAAAUUAAGUUAGUAGUAUGUUGUGUUACUGUACUUUUAUGAAUAUGCAGUAUAUUUUUAAAUUAUAAAUUAUGUGUGAACUUUUCAACAUUUUAAACAUGUUAUAUACUAUCAUGAAUUUACUGAAGUGUUAUUAUGCGACUAACUUUAACCUAUUCCAGCUUACUCAAGGGUCUAGGUAAAAGAUGGUAAAAAUAUACUAUUUUUAGUAUAAAAAUAAGAUAAGAUAAAAUAAUGGACCGACAUCUCUAUUAACCUUUUUUGCCAGUGGCUUUCAGGUGCCAAUAAACUUAAAGAAUAUUGUUUCUGUAGGUUAAAUUUUUAUUCUUAUUUUUGCAUUUAAAUUUAUGUUUCUUAAUUUUUGUGGAUACAUAAUAUGUGUAUAUAUUUACACUGUAUAUGGUAUAUUGUAAUACAGGCGUACAGUAUAUAAUAAUUACAUUAGAGGAAGUGAGGUAUCCAUUACCUCUAGCAUUUAUUCUUUGUAUUACAAGCAAUUCAAUUCUACAGUUUUAGUUAUUUUUAAAUGUACAAUUAAAUUUUUGUUAACUA